CGAUCGAGCGCUGAGAUCAUGGCUACUGCAGGCGGUGAUACCCCAGCGAUGAGAAAUGCCAAAGCUGGUUUGAACCGUAUCAGCAAGUCGAUGCGUCGUAUCAGUCGAAGAGUCGUCGACAUGGGCAAUUCGACAGCAGCAGCAGCUCAGAACGGAGGUGGUGCAGGUGGCGGCGCUCCUCCAGGUCAUAUUCGGCUCGUGGAUGAUCAUAGCAGCGAUGAUGAUGACGACGACCGCAUAGUUGCAGCACCCACUCCGCCUCGGCCACCCCCCUCUGACCCAGACCCAUUCAGCCUUCGUGGCAGGAGUCUCGGCUUCAUGGGUCCCAACAACCGCUUCAGAAGAUUCAUGGCUAAGCUGCUUGGCUAUUGGUGGGUCGAGCCGUUGUUGCUCGUGGUGAUUGUGGCCAACCUGGUCAUGCUGGUCAUUCAGUCUAGCCGCAACGUCUUUGAGCAUCCUCGCAUGCCCGAGUACUACUACUGGGAGGACAUGGCCCUCGUAGGCAUCUUCGGCAUCUACACGAUUGAGGUUCUUGCACGCAUCGUCGUCUCUGGCCUGAUCAUCAAUCCACCCGCUCUGUACCAGCCGGCAGCAAAUACGAGCAAGGUCGACAUCGCGGAGGAAGUCGAAGCCAAAGACUCAGCUAGCGUACAUCGCCGAAGGAUGUCAAAGUCGAAUACACUCGAUGCGUGGACAGAGCUCGGAGGCAGCCUCAAGAACCGUGCACAGCAGGUGCUCAAACCGGGUGAGGCAGGCCAUCGACGCAUGCCCACGCGCCAGUCGACGAUGGGCUCGACGACCAGGCUGAGUGCGUAUGAGCCUAGCGGUCAUCAUCGCACAGGUACCAUGGUGUCGGGAAAGAUGAGCGUCCUGGACCCCAUCAGGGAGACGGUGCCAGCCGCUCCCCAGCAGCCGUCAACGACAGCUGCGUCCAGUGAGCCCGCCUCACGCGAGUCGUCCAAGAUUCUGCGCAGCAUGAAAGAGAAGGCGAUCCCAUUCUCGUCGGCCAUAAUCGUACAGCGAGCGCAGACGAACAAUUACGCCUACUUGCGCCACAGCUGGAAUCGAGUCGACCUCAUUGCCGUUGUGGCUUUUUGGAUCUCCUUCGUCCUCGCCAUCAUUGGCCAGGAGAGCACGCCGAGCCAUCACAUCUACAUCUUUAAGGCCCUCUCAGUGCUCCGCGUAGCGCGCCUCCUGACCGUCACAUCGGGCACAUCAACGAUCUUGCAGAGCUUGAAGCUAGCAGCGCCGCUCCUCUCCAACGUGCUCUUUUUCACGCUCUUCGCCAUGAUUCUCUUCUCCAUCAUCGGCAUCCAGUCAUUCAAGGGGUCGUAUCGUCGGUCUUGCGUGUGGGUCGGCGAUCUCAACGAGGGCAUCAACUCCGAGCCGGGCCAGAAUUAUACGCUGAGCCAGAUAUGUGGUGGCUGGUACGAUGAAACCGCGACCAAGCGCAAUCACAUCCAAGCAGACGGACGACAGUCUCCAAUCGGAGCAAAGGGCUUCAUUUGCCCGCUCGGCCAGAUGUGCAUCGAAGCUGCCUCGAACCCGAACGAAAACAGCCAGUCCUUCGACAACAUCUUCACGUCCCUCCUCGAGGUCGUCAUCAUCAUCUCGUCCAACGGCUGGUCAGGCGUCAUGUACGACAUGAUCGAUGCCGACUUCUUCGUGUCAUGCCUCUUCUUUAUCUUCGGUCUCAUCCUCCUCAAUUUCUGGCUUGCCAAUCUGUUCGUCGCGGUGAUCACCAACUCAUUCGCCACCAUUUCGUCGCAGACUCAUCAAUCGGCCUUUUCCAACAAGAACAUUGACGAGGCUGCGGCUGUACAGGCGAAGGAGGAGCAGAGUAGGUCGAGGCUACGUCGCAAGAAGGUUGCCAAUGUCUACAAGCGCUUCUGGGGCUACACGUACUACAUUUGGCUCCUAGCCAUCAUUGGCAGUCUUGGUCUUCAAGCGACGGGUGCGUCGUACAACACAGCCGAAGCGACACAAAUGGUCGUGACCGCCGAGCUCUACUUCACAAUCGCGUUUGACUGCGAGAUUAUCCUCCGCUUCCUCAGCUACCUUCUCGACGACGAUUGGCGCUCCUUCUUCAAUGGACACCGCAGCGGCCGUAACAAGGUCGAUCUGGGUCUCUGCGUCAUCACUUCAAUUAUCCAGAUCCCCGCCAUCAAGAUGUCGGCCGUCUAUCCGUGGCUCACCAUCUUCCAGCUACAGCGCUUCUACCGCGUCAUCAUCGCCGUGCCUAGGAUGGAGCGACUGCUGCUCCGUGUCUUCGGAUCCCUCAGCGGCUUACUGAACAUGAUCGUCUUUCUCCUCCUCAUGGUCGGUCUGGCAUCAUUGGUCGCCGUUCAGCUUUUCCGCGGAGACAUUCAGGCAGAGAGCGACGGCGAAUCGGUCCAGAUGACUUUCAAGCAGAUCUACAAUGGCUACCUUGCCAUGUAUCAGAUCUUCUCGAGCGAGAAUUGGAACGAUGUCCUGUUUGACGUCAUCUCCGAUGAGUCGCAGUUCAAGCAAGCCGUCAUUGCUGGUCUCUUCAUUGGUGGAUGGUUCCUCUUCGCCAACUUCAUCGUGCUGCAGAUGUUCAUUGCUGUCAUCAAUGAAGGCUUCUCCUUCUCUGAGGCGGAGCGAAGACGCCAACAGCUGGACCAUUACCUCAAGCGUAUCGAGCCAAAGUCGACGUCAUUGACCGGGCGCCUGCUGCAUAGCCUCUCGCCGUACCGCUACCUCAAGGCCCGCAAUGCUGCCAUCCUCAACCAGUCAGUGGCAAAUGAUUCUUCGGUCGACUCGCAUACGGAGGCCAUCGCUCGAAGUAUGGACGGGCACGCUCCUUCUCGCGAACGAGCUCAGCGGUCCGCUGGCGCACGCGCUCGACUUGCCAAGAAGCAGAUGGGAAAGCAGCUCACGGCUUUGGAGCGCUUCCUUGACCGUGGCGGUGAGAUGCUCGUCACCGUGCGUCGCAUUCUCCGCCUCGAUGCUCCCGAGGAUCGCUCGGUGCCCCUCGACACGGUUCGGCAGCGCGCCAUUCGCGCCUCGUUACACGGCAAUGAGAUGCUUCAAGCUCGUCGCUCUGCUCGUCAGCCCUCGAUGUACGAGGUAGCCGCAGAUGACGAUGCAGCCGCUCGCAUCUUUGCGAGGGAGCGCCAGCUCAACAGGAUGCGCUCCGAUCUCGGCUUGCUCAGCGAAAAGCCCACGCAACGAGAGAUCGACGCAGCUCACAUCGCACACCACGAGGAGAAUCCGCGCAUAGCCAUGGCGAAGGCGAUCAAUGAGCACCCGUCCUUCGACAAAUCGCUUUGGCUUUUCAGCAACCACAGCCGCUUCCGGCGCUUCUGUCAGAGCAUGGUGCCCGCAGCUCACGGCGAGCGUAUCUUUGGUCGACAGCACAGUCGACGGCGUCUCUUCAUUACGCAGAUCAUCAUCUUCAUGGCCAUCGUCGCGUCCGUCAUCGUUGCUGGCGUCGCCUCACCGCUUUACCGUAAGGAGUGGUACGCAAGGCACGGCUUCAAGCGCGAUUCGUGGUUCUCGUUGGCGGAGCUUUUCCUUUCGCUCGUCUUCUUUGCCGAGUUCGCCAUCAAGGUCGUGGCAGAUGGAUUUGCUUUCACGCCCAAUGCGUACCUGCUCUCGCCCUGGAACUUGCUCGACCUGCUGGUCCUGGCCACCUUAGUCAUCAACGUAACCACGGAGCUAGUCGUCAUCGGCGGAGUGAGCCGCUUUACGCGAGCGAUCCGAGCCUUCCGAGCUCUGCGCCUCAUCAACUUGUCAGCCCGUAUGCGGUCCACCUUCGAGAACCUCAUCAUUGGAGGCGGUCGCUUCGUCGAUGCGUCCAUCCUCGCCAUUCUGUACAUCAUUCCCUUCGCCGUCUGGGGCCAGAACCUCUUCUCUGGCCUCCUCUAUGGCUGCACAGACACGAGCAACGCGAUCCUCUUCAAGAGCGAUUGUGUUGGCGAGUACUAUGCUUCGCCCUCCGAAUGGACCUUUCUCGCUCCGCGAGUGUGGCAGAACCCUGUCGAGGGGUCGAGCUACUCGUUCGACGACUUCAAGUCUGCGCUGCUCAUCUUGUUCGAGAUUGUCAGUCUAGAAGGCUGGAUAGACGUCAUGACCGCAGCGAUGGCUAUCGUGGGAAGGAACCAGCAGCCCCAACAGGACGCGAGGCAGGUCAACGCCCUCUUCUUCGUCAUCUACAACUUGAUCGGCGCAAUUUUUGUCCUCACGCUUUUCGUUAGCGUCAUCAUCGAGGGCUUCCAGUCGGCGACGGGCGCAGCAUUCUUUUCCACGGAGCAGAGGCAGUGGAUUGACCUCAAACGGCUCAUCUCGAGGCAGAGGCCCUCCAAACGGCCAGCUGCAAGACCAACGGAUCGACUGAGGCAAUGGUGCUACGAUCGCGCGACGCGCAAACAUGAUUGGUGGAGUAGGAUGAUGACGAUGCUUUACAUCCUGAACAUCGUCACGCUCUGCACGCAGGCCUACGAUCAGGAUGCAUCAGCCGAACGUAUCCGUGACGGCAUCUACCUCGUAUUUGCCAUCGUCUACGGCAUCGACGUACUGAUCCGCCUCGCAGGGCUAGGAUGGAACUCCUUCCGUCGCAGCGCCUGGUGCAUCUUCGACUCGAUUGUCGUCGUAGGCAUCGUGGCGAACAGCAUACCGCUAUUGAGCACCUCGCAGCCGGUGCAAGCGAACAUCCAGCUGCAGAAAGUCUUCCUCACCGCUGCGACCCUCAAGUUGGUCGCUAAGCACAAUGGUCUCAAUCAGCUCCUCAAGACGGCCGUUUCCGGUCUUCCGGCCAUCGUCUCCCUCCUGGGCCUCUGGUUGUGCUUCUUCUUCUUCUUCGCCAUCAUGUUCGUCGAGAUCUUCGGCCUGACCAAGUGGGGGUACAUCGGUCCGGAGUCGUACGCAAAGAACUUCUCCUCCCUACCGCUCACGCUCAUCUUCCUCUCGAUGAUGAGUACGGGUGAAGGGUGGAAUGGAUACAUGCACGACUACACGGUCGAACCACCAAGUUGUACCCCUUCGGCCAACUAUCUUGAGACGGAUUGUGGAUCCACGGGAUGGGCGUACUUCCUCUUCAUUGCCUGGAACGUCACGUCGAUGUAUAUCUUCUUGAACAUGUUCACUGGUACCGUCGUCGAAAACUUCUCGUACAUCUUCCAGCUCGGUGGCAAGCCCAUCCUCGGACGCGAAGACAUGCGCGGCUUCAAGAAAGCCUGGUUCGAUGUGGUUGGCACAAGCGCUUACCUGCCAAAGGACAAGCUCACGGCCUUCUUUGCUGCUCUGCCGGGCAAGUUUGAGCUACGCAUGUACCCGGACGAGCUUGCCCUGCCGGUGCUCCGCGAAGCGGCUGUAGGCGACGAGCGGGCGUCCAUGACGAGCUUGGCGAGUACGCAGAGAAAGGGCGGCAUGAUGAGUAGGCUACGCGCCGUCAGCCCAAUAAAGGAGCCGGGUUCUGGCUCUGCCUUCCCUUGGCCGCCUGCUGGCUCGAAGGGAGGACUGGGAGCUGGCUAUGACCAUGCCCGGCGCAUUGAUGGCAUUAAUGUGAAGCGGCUACACCACCUCAUCAACACGGUUGACGCCACAGACCUACACGAGCGUCGCGAGCGGUUCAAUCGCAUCUACCAUGAGGCAUGCAUCCUUGCCGACACCAAUGGCGGGGCAUCGGCGGGAUGCAUCUCCUUCCAAGACAUGCUGACGCUGAUCGCUCACUACAAGCUCAUCGACGAUGAUGUCGCGCUGGGGCCGCAGGAGUUGCUGGAUCGACGGGUGAUCAACGAGCGUAUUGAUGAUCGAAUCAAUUUGGAGAGGGUGCGCGGCGUCAUGGCGACGACGUAUCUGCGCUACCGUUUCAACCUGCUCCGGGCGGAGAGGCAGAGGGCCAGCGCCGAGAUGAUGGCUGCGGCCAAUCUACCCUCCUCGCCCUCUCGCCAUCGCCUGGGCGCCGAAGGUCCCACGGGAGCAGCGGGUAUGGGCGGCUCGUCGACGAGUCUACUGUUCUCGCCUUCCUCAUCCUCGCACGACAAUCUCAACCUCAACGCUACCAGCUCCUCCCUGGCUGUGGGAUCCGGUCCCUCCUUCGAGGAGCUGGAGCGUCGCGCUUCUCCCCAGCUGGAGCAGUUUGGCGACUCGGCGUGGGGCAAGAUGAUGCGCCGCGUCAGCGUCGUGGCGCGCAGCUCUGGUUCAGCAGCCUCGGCGUCUGGAAGGAGUGCAGCA